AUGAAUACAAUCAAUAAAAGAAAAACAAUCAAUGAAUUAAAUCAAAGUCGAGGAAAAAUUAUAACUGAAGAACUCUUUUUAGUUGAUACUGAUACGUAUGCAAGACCUGAAAAUAAACAUUAUGGAAUAUCAUUAGAAGAGGUUAAGUCAACUCAGAAAAAGAAGAAAUUUAUAAAAGAGAAAUUGAAAAAGUAUAAAUUCAAUCCUAUUUCAAAGAUUACCAAAGAAGAGCUUUUUGAAUAUUGGUCUAUUACCUUAAUGUUCGAUUUGGGUGUUUUUAAAACAAUUAUGGAAAUUAUAAAUCAUAGUUGGCAACAAUUUUCCUCAAGUAGCAACAUUAUCACAUUGCUCAAAGAUACAUUAAAAGAUGAUAAAAGUUGGAUUGCCAUUGAACUUGAUGGUUAUUAUAAAGUCUGUAAAAUUGAUGAAAGAGACCAAAAAGUUCCUACAUUUAAAUCAAUUGCAACAACUGGUUUUAAAACUCAAAAUCGUGAAGUUAAUCCAAGCAAAGGUUCUAAUAAUAGUGAUGCAGCGGAUCUUUAUAUAUUAAAUUAUUCAACUUUAAAGAAAUUAUGUUUAGGUUUAGGUGUUUCAAGAUCAAGUAGUAAUAGGAGAAUGGUUAUGUCAAUUCGUGGUAUAGAUCCAUUAUCUCAUUCAACCAACCCCAAUUCGUACUCUAUAUUAUCAGAAGCAAUUCAAAAAGAUACUUUAAAAUCAUAUUCAUUGGUUAAACUCAAAAACUUGAAUUAA